UUGGGUAUUUUACGCAAAAAGUAACGACGAAAAACGCGAAGAAGAACGUUCUUUGUUCUGUUGUUGGCUCACAAGGUACGUCUUCAAGCAGCUUCUUCCUCCUCUGUUUCCUAAAUGUACCCAAAGACACAACCUUAAAGAACAGAACCCUAAAAAGCAACGAAAUUUCCGAGGAUGGCCGGUCCGAACCCGCCAAAACAACCGUCAUCCUCCUCUAACAACCACCGCAAAUCCCGCUGGGAAUCUUCCUCUUCCACUGCCAACAAAAACCCCUCCUCCACCACCGCUGAGCCCAAAUCCUCCACCAAGCCCAAUCCUUCCCCCAAGACCGGCCCAUCCCCAAGCUCCGCUGCCCAAAACAAAUCUCAAUCCGACCCAAAUCAAUCCCAGCCUCCCCUUCCUUCCUUCCCGUUCCCGGACCCCGCCGCUCUAGGCCCUCCACCUCCACCGGCAUACGGAUUCCACAUGCUUGAGCGACAGACAAUCGUUCUCUAUGAUGGCAGCGUCCGCUCCUACUUUGCUCUACCACCCGAUUACCAAGACUUUCCGACCCGACCCUUAAUGGGACCUCGCGACUUCGAUAGCCCACCGUUGGGCUUCCGCGAUAAUCGUGAUUAUUGGAAUGGCCCGGGGGACGGGCUUGGCCUUUUAAAGAGAAAGUACGGCGAAGAAGAAAAAGAUUUAAGAGAGGAGAAGAAGGAAGAGUUAGCAAAGCAAAGGUUCGGGCUUGCGAAUGCGAAGGUUUACACUUUGGGACCAGGCCGGCCGGACCGCCUUGCUGGAACGAAUAACCCAUUUCAAAAUGACGAAAUGAGGGCGGCCAAGUAUAUGAGAGUUGGUGGGGGAUUUGAAAAUAAUAAUUUGGGGUUUAAUAAUAAGCAUUUGGAAGUGGAUCAAACCGCGCUAAAGAAGGCGUUUUUGCACUUUGUGAAGGCUGUUUUUGAGAAUGCAACGCAGAAAACGAAUUACUUGGAGGAUGGGAAACAAGGGCGGCUUCAAUGCUUGGCUUGUGGCAGGCAUGUAUACAGAGCAUGCAGGAUUUUCCUUUGUGUUUGCUGCCAUGCUUUAAGGUCCUCUAAAGACUUCCCUGAUAUGCAUGGUCUGAUAACGCACACGUACUACUCAGAUAAUGCUGACUUGCGUGUGGAUCACUUAGGCCUACACAAGGCUCUCUGCGUAUUAAUGGGAUGGAACUACUCGAAGCCUCCUGAUAAUUCAAAGGCCUAUCAGUUCUUACCUGCAAAUGAAGCAGCCUCAAACCAAGAGGAUAUGAUUAUGUGGCCUCCUGUGGUGAUAGUACAUAAUACAAUUACGGGAAAGGGCAAAGAUGGACGCAUGGAAGGUUUGGGAAACAAGGCAAUGGAUAGCAAACUAAGAGAUCUUGGAUUUGGAAGUGGCAAGUCAAAGGCCAUGUAUGGUAGAGAAGGUCAUCUGGGUAUUACAGUGGUCAAGUUUGCCGGUGAUCAGACAGGCCUGAAGGAUGCUGUCAGGCUUGCUGAAUACUUUGAAAAGGAAAACCGUGGCCGCAAGGGAUGGUCCCAUGUACAGCCCUUGAUUUUAGGCAAGGAUGAUGAAAGAAAUCCGAGUCUUGUGAAGGUGGAUGAGAGGACUGGAGAAAAAAAGAGAAUCUUUUAUGGCUAUCUCGGAACGGUUGCUGAUUUAGACAAGGUUGAUUUUGACAUGAGGAAGAGGGUUGUGAUUGAGAGUCGGAGAGAGCAUAAAGGACCAAGUUAAUAGCUUCUGGCUAACAUUGCAAAGUACUAUAAUAUAUUAAUUUAUAGUCAUUUAAUCUUGUGAAUAUCUGGCCCAUAGAUAUAGCCACUUCAUGUUGUCGGAAAAUGAGUUUCAGGGUCGUGUUGUUUGAUUGAGGUGUUUAGCUGGCUGCCCUCUGCUUGUCGAAAAUGUAACAAGAUUGCUAAUGCUUAGAAUUUUUAGAAUCUUGUCACAUUGUUAGUUUAUUCAUCUCCAAAGAAAUGGCAGCUUUUUAAACAAGGUUUUUGAUCUUGCAGACAUGGACUGUAAAUUAGCAAGGUUGGAGAGAAAAUUAUCUUCUUUGCAUAUAUAAUAGUUAGACUUGCCAAUUUGUACUUUUUUAUUAUAUUUAUUUUAUGUAAAAAAAACGUAGUGAACAAAUUCGAUUGGUUUAGUUAUUGUCCUGAUAUUCCGAAUUAGUUGUACGGUUUUGCUAAUACUAGGAACCCAACAUUAGAGUUGUUUUCUCCAUUGGAAAAGAAAAAGGCAGCCCUAAAGACAACAAUGACAGGGUUAGCUUUACCACCACAUGGCAUUAAUGGUGUUCAUUGUGUCCCUUUUUUAUUUAUAUCCACCAUGGCCUCUCGUUCUGCCUGAUUCAAUUAAGGGAACAAUAAUGCAAACAAGUCAGAAGUUUUCUCUUUACUGUUGGUUUUUCUUUAAAUAAUAAAAGGGUUUGGAACAGGGCUAUCGGUGUGAUGAUUUGAUUAAUCACUUUCUCAGGAUUCAUUGCCAAGACGCUUUAGGCUGAUUGCUUGCUUGUUUGUACAUGAUGCACGCAUCGAUUAUCGGAUCCUUAACGUAAAGAAGUUGAUAACUCAGGAUAUUAUUUUUUGAAUGUUUUAUUCCUUGUAAUGAUUAU